AUGACCGUGGCAAAAAGACCAAUUAUUCAUAUCCUAGGGUUAGGGUCCAUGGGGACUGUCCUUGCUGUUGACUUAAUCAGAUUCACUAAUGCCCUUGUUAUCCCAUUAUUUAGAUCAAAAGAAAAAUUAGACAAGUUCCAGAUCGAAGGGCACUCUAAAAUUAGCAUUCGUAAGCUUUACGAGGAAAAGAAACCCUUAGUUGAAUGUAAAGUUGAAGAAGCACAAUGUCCGGAAACAUUCAAUUCUGGAAUCAUCGAGAACUUAGUUAUAACCACCAAGACUUAUCAAACGAAGGAAGCUUUGGCUCCUUAUUUGAAAUACAUUAAUUCCCAUACAAACUUGAUCCUUAUUCAGAAUGGACUUGGUGUUCUUGAAGUAUUGAAAGAUGAGGUUUUCGUUAAUAAAUCUGAAAGACCACAAUUAUUCCAAGGUGUAAUCUCUCAUGGGGUUUAUCAAGAAUCUGGGUUCACUUAUGCACAUGCCGGCUGGGCAGGUAUGAAGGUUGCACGUUUACCAUGGAAUGAUGAUGAAAUGAUUCAAACAAAUUCUUUAGUAAAAAGGGAUUAUGCAGAGAAUGAAUUAGUCAACUUAUUGAUGAGUCAAACAUUUGCCAAGGAAUUUGGUAUGGAACAUAUGAGUUAUCAAGAAAUGUUACUCGGUCAAUUAUUUAAAUUUCUAGUCAACUGUUGUAUGAAUCCUGUAACUGCUAUCGUCGAUUGCGUGAACGGUGAAAUGGUCGACUACUGUGCGCCCGUUUUCCGUUCCAUUAUCGACGAAUGUUUAACCGUAUUAAGAGUUGCAUACAAACCAUUAUUUGCGUAUGAAAAUCAAUAUAAGGGCAACGAAGAUUAUGUUUCUUUGACAGUAGAUUCUAUCUUGAAUACUGAGCACAUGGUUAAAGAAGUCAUUCGUAUCGGAUGUGAUAUUAAUGAAAGAAACAGUAGUUCAAUGAGACAAGACACGCUUUACCUUAGGGACACCGAAAUUGAUUAUAUCAAUGGGUACGUAGUUGAUUUAGCAAAGAAAUACGAAAUGGGCGCUGCCGCCGCUAAUGUUAAUAAAACAAUCUCUGAAUUAGUUAAUUUGAGAUUAGGAUUAAACAGAACUAGGGCUCAACAAGGAGAUUGGAGACAACAAUAA